AUGCGGUGUUCCUGCACACGUAGUGGGGGAUGUCGGGGAUGCUCAGUAGUAGCGUAGGAGGUGUUCGUGCCCGAGCUGUAUAAAAGCGCAGGCUGGCGCCUCAGCAGAGCAGAUUCAGAUUCAGAUUCAGACACAGCCAGUCACAGGCACAGACUCUCUCUCUCUCACUCUCACACUCUCACAGGCAGAAUGGUGCUCAUCUGGACCCAGUUCGGCGUCAAGCACAAGAACGUGAAGUGCAAAGUGCGGGUGAUUCACAGCGAGGACAGCUGUAGCUCUGAGGAGACGGCAGAGGAAUGUGAGGUGCCGGUUCAGUCCGUGACUCCGGUGAAGGAUUACUACUCUGUGCUCGGCGUGACGGUAGAGUCCAAUGAGGAUGAGAUCCGGCACGCGUACCACCGGCUUGCUCUGCGUUACCAUCCCGACAAGAACCAAGAGGAGGACGCAGAGGAGAAGUUCAAAGAGAUCGCAGAGGCUUACGACGUUUUGACAGACACACAGAAGCGCAACCUGUAUGACAGACGGGAUAUGAAGAGGCCAGCAGCCAAAGGAGACUCCUCCCCACCAGCGAAGGCCCACUCAUCUGCUCGCUUCUUCAACAUAGACAUAGACGCUGGUGACUUUUCCGACCUCUUCAACCCCUUCAAGCACACGCCUUCCACCAAUCCGGGGGGUCAGAAGGGCUCCUCCACCACCGGUGGUGCAUGCGGCAGCAAAGUGUGCGAGCUGGAGGUUUCACUGGAGGAGCUGCUGACCGGCGUCACCAAGCACGUGCGCCUGUCCGGCUCACACUCGCAGGAGCACGUGAUGAACGUGGAGGUGAAGAAGGGAUGGAGGGAGGGCACGAGGAUCACCUUCCCCGGAGCCGGGCUCAAGGCGGGCGGGCACGCCGCACAGGAUAUCAUGUUUGUGGUGAAGGAGAAGAAGCACUCGCACUUCCGACGGGAGGGAUCCAACCUGGUGUACACCGCCGAGAUUACCCUGCGUGAGGCUCUCUGUGGAUGUACUGUUACCGUGCCAACACUAGAUGGAGGAAAGAAGCCACUCCCAUGCAGUGAUAUCAUAAAGCCUGGCUCUACUCGCCGCCUGAUUGGAGAGGGGCUUCCGCGGUCAAAAUGCCCCACGCAGCGAGGAGAUCUAUUGGUGAAAUUCGAGGUGCUGUUUCCUGAUAGGAUCCCCCCACCCAGCAAGGAGAUUAUUAGGCACAGCCUGGGACAAUGUUAAAGGACAUACACACACACACUCACAUGCACAGAGACACGUGCAGACGUGUGCAUGGGAUUACAUUUGAACCAAGACUGAAGCCAAAAAUGUGUUUUCCUUCUCUGAAAAACAGUAUGAACUGUCUUUCUGGUACAGACACAUUAACAUUAGAGGUGCUAUUCUACGGAGCUGGAAUGUGUGCAGCCUUUUGGUGACCAGGUGUGUUCCAGAUUUAGACCAUCUAAAUCAAAGUGCAUGUCAACCAGCCAGUUAGGCUUAUUUUGGUUGACAGGGCUCAAGUUGAGCCCUCGGGUUUGGCGCUGUUUUUUUUCUUGAAAUCAUUCAAGAAACAUUUGUUUGAUCCUGAACCAACAGGAAUGCUUGUCAGGUGUGUACAUGCGUACAGCACCUGCUCUAGUCUCUAUGAGAGAAGCCCAGUGUCAUGUUUCACUGAACUAUAUGUACGUUUAUUUAAACAACCACUGCAUGUGGCAUGUGGGACAAGUCAAUGAUAUGGAUGUUUUAUAUUCUAAAUAAAGAUGAUAAGGAUUUUAAAAACCA